AGCCAAUGACAGCCAAUUUCUCCGAGAUCCAGUACGACGCAGUCACGGCUAGGUGGCUAGCCGCACACAAACAUUUUCUGUCGCUUGAGAAAUCUCAUGAUCCCCCUCGUUUGGCGGCCCUGAGAUUUGAACAACACGUAGCAUUUACGUUCGUCUGUGAGAGCUUGCAAAGAUGGUAAAGCCAGACAUCCAUACUCUGGCCCAUCACCUGAAGCAGGAGCGGCUUUACGUGGCAUCGGAGAAGCAGCUGAUCCAGAGACUUAACAGCGAUGUCCUGAAGACAGCCGAGAGGCUAUACCGGGCCGCCUGGAUUGCCAAGCAACAGCGGAUCAAUCUCGAUAGGCUCAUUCUCACCAGCGUGGAAGCCUCUCCGGCUGAAUGCUGCCAACAUGCCAAAAUGCUUGAAGACACGCAGUUUGUCGAUGGCUACAAGACUCUGGGCUUCCAUGAGACCGUCUAUGGUGAGUUCCUGGCCCGGUUGCAGGAGAACCCAAGGCUGGUGGCAUCCUGCCUCGUGGCAGGGGAAAGGCUGAACCAGGAGCACACUCAGGGGGUCAUCCACACUGUCUUCACCUCACUUUAUGGCAACUGCAUCAUGCAGGAGGACGAGAGCUACUUGUUACAGGUGUUGCGCUACCUAGUAGAGUUUGAGCUAAAAGAGAGCGACAACCCACGGCGGCUUCUGCGACGAGGCACAUGUGCCUUCAGCAUCCUUUUCAAGCUCUUCUCCGAGGGCCUGUACUCAGCCAAACUCUUCCUCACUGCCACCCUCCACGAACCCAUCAUGCAGUUGUUGGUGGAAGAUGAGGACCACCUGGAGACAGACCCAGGCAAAGUGACUGAGCGCCUGACUCCAGUCCAGCAGGAGCGCUUUGGAGAGAAGGGCUCCGAGGGCUAUAAGCAAAGAGUACAGGCAGCUGUUGAGACCAAUGAAGCCAAGUUAGUUGCGCUGGUCAACAAGUUUAUUGGUUAUUUGAAGCAGAACACCUACUGCUUUCCCCAUAGCCUGCGAUGGAUUGUGUCGCAGAUGUACAAAACGUUGUCAUGUGUGGAAGGUCUUGAGGUGGGAGAGGUGCGCACUAUGUGUACCGACCUCCUGCUCACGUGCUUCAUCUGUCCAGCAAUCGUUAACCCGGAACAAUAUGGAAUCAUCUCAGACGCCCCCAUUAAUGAAGUGGCUCGCUUUAAUUUAAUGCAGGUUGGUCAGCUUUUGCAGCAGUUGGCAAUGGCCGAAGACGAUGCAGACCCUAGACGAAAAAGCUGCUUGUCCAAAUUUGAUAAAAGUUGCGUCGCAGCUUUUCUGGAUGUGGUGAUCGGUGGAAGAGCAGUUGAAACCCCACCUAUGUCCUCGAUGAACCUUCUUGAAGGUCUUAGCAGGACCGCAGUCUAUGUGACGCAUCACCAGCUGAUCGCAUUGGUGGACUUUGUGCGUAGUGUAAUGGCUGGAGACCACCUACGCGAGGAGGAGCACAUAGCCCUGGAAACACUGUUGGCCAACGUGCCCCAGUCACAAACGGGGAAGAGCAACAGUUUGGAACUCACUCCUUCCAACACCCCCCAGCUCUCACCUUCUAGCACUCCUGCUAAUAAGAAGAACAGACUCCCCAUAGGACAACACUUAGCCGCCAUAACAUCCUGGGACCCUACAGCCUCCUCCCUGUCUGCUCAUAUUCCAUUAGUAGCUCCUUUCGCAGCUGCUCGGAGCCGCAGCCGUACCAACAUAGCCCAGGAGGGGGAGGCAGAGAAUAGCGCCCAGGACUCGCUGCAGGAGCUGAUGCCAGAAGAGGUGCUGGUGAUCUCGUUAGGAAAUGGUCCUCAGACCAUCCCUGGAAUGAUGUCAGAGAAUGAGGUUUUGAACUCGCAGAUGGCCGACGCCGCCCAAGGUGACGGCCACGCGGACGACACGAAGCUGCAUGGGAAACCGGACAAAACGCUGCGCUUCUCACUCUGUAGUGACAACUUGGAAGGCAUUUCUGAGGGUCCGUCGAAUCGUUCUAAUUCAGUAUCGUCUCUUGACCUGGAGGGCGAGUCCGUUUCCGAGCUGGGAGCAGGACCUUCGGGGAGCAACGGAGUGGAGGCUCUCCAGCUUUUGGAGCACGAACAAGCCACCACUCAGGACAACUUGGAUGACAAACUGCGCAAGUUCGAGAUCCGAGAUAUGAUGGGCUUGACAGAGGAUCGGGACAUCUCGGAGACGGUCAGUGAGACCUGGAGCACCGACGUGCUCGGCAGUGACUUUGACCCCAACGUGGAUGAAGAUAGGUUGCAGGAGAUUGCAGGGGCAGCUGCGGAGAACAUGCUCGGCAGCCUGCUGUGCCUCCCGGGAUCAGGCUCAGUGCUGCUGGACCCCUACGGCUCCACAAUCUCAGAGACCACAAGCGAGGCGUGGAGCGUGGAGGUCCUGCCAAGUGAUUCAGAAGCCCCAGAUUCGAAACAGGAGGAGCGGCUACAGGAGCUGGAGAGCUGCUCAGGGGUUGGCAGCACCUCGGACGACACUGAAGUCCGUGAGGUCAGCUCGAGACCGAGCACUCCUGGCCUCAGCGUCGUCUCAGGUAUCAGUGCAACCUCAGAAGACAUCCCCAACAAGAUAGAGGAUCUGCGCUCAGAGUGCAGCUCAGACUUUGGAGGGAAGGACUCUGUAACCAGUCCAGAUGGGGAGGAGUCAGGCCAUGGAGCGCACCCACUGACUUCACCAGCCUCACAAACUGAUUCCUUAUUGGUCAUGUUUGAUCCCCUCUCCUGUGGUGAAGGUUCCACCACUGGGACAAUAGUGAGGCCCAAAGUGCACUAUGCCAGGCCUGCUCACCCACCCCCGGAUCCCCCCAUCCCUGAAGCCAGCGCCUUGGGGCAGGAUACGCGCUACCCUCCCAGCAUUCCCCUCAGCCUGGCUCAGGCCGAGUAUGAGCUCAACAAGCAGCGCCACUCCUUCCCUGAUCGACUGGUCCGUAGUCGCAGCUCUGACGUCGUGUGCCCGGGCCGUCGACCCACGAGCGACCCUGGGCUGAAUCGCCGUGUGGCGGUUGAGGAGCGUGACCCUGCCGGAGCCUUCGCUUUGGGGCCAUCCUCGUCGCCCAGCAAGGACUCCUUGAAAGGAGAGGCUGAGGACAGAAAAGACAGCGAUGAUGAGAAGUCCGACCGUAACAGGCCAUGGUGGAAGAAGCGUUUCGUUUCGGCCAUUCCAAAAGCUCCUAUAGCUGCAUUUAGGAAACGAGACAAGCAUGAGAAAGAUGAUAUUGCACCGGAGCGAAUCCCACAAGAUGACCCUUUGCCCAGACCAAGCUCCCAAGUCCAGGUAGCUGAAGACAUCCUGGACAAGUACCGAAACAUAAAAAGAACCAGCCCGAGUGAUGGCGCCACAGCAGGAGCACCUUUUGAGGGCGCUGGAGAUAUGUGUAUUGAGGAAAGUGUUCACGGCUCUCCAAGAGAAGAUACUCUGCAGAACAUUUCUACCGACGACCUCCCAGAUUCAGCCAGCCAGACGGCCCAGCAGCAUGGCUCAAAGUUUUCUUUCAGUGAUGCCAAGAAAAAGUUGCGGUUGGCUUUGUGCUCUGCAGACUCAGUGGCUCUGCCUAUCCUGACGUCUGUAACCACUAGAAAUGGUUUGCCUGACCACAUGGACCCAGAAGACAAUGAGAUCGUGUGCUUCCUGAAGGUCCAGUUAGCAGAGGCCAUUAACCUCCAGGACAAGAACCAGAUGGCCCAGAUCCAGGAGACUACACGUUGCGUCAGCCGUUUUGACCCUCGCACCUGCAGGAAGCUGCUUGCUGCCAUCGCGGAGGAUUACAGAAAACGGGCUCCUUACAUUGCCUAUUUAACGAGGUGCCGCCAGGGCCUGCAGACCUCUCAGGCCCAUCUGGAUCGGCUCCUCCAGAGAGUUCUGAGGGACAAAGAGGUAGCCAACCGCUAUUUCACCACAGUCUGUGUUCGCCUCCUUCUUGAGCAUAUGGAGUCCAGGAUGCUCGACUUCAUCAAGGCAUUCCAAGUGUGCACAGCAGCAGAUGACAAGACUGCAGCGGUGGAGGAUUUUCUGCGCUACUUGUACGGCGCCAUGGCCCGUGAUGCCAUUUGGCAGUAUGCGAGCGAGGACCAGCUGCAGGACGCCCAGAUGGCCAUCGAGCGCAGCGUUAUGAACCGCAUCUUCAAGCUGGCCUUUUACCCCAACCAGGAUGGAGACAUUCUCAGAGAUCAGCUUUUCCAUGAACAUAUCCAGCGGUUGUCCAAAGUAGUGACUGCGAAUCAUAAAGCACUUCAAAUCCCAGAGGUCUACUUGAAGGAAGCUCCCUGGCCGUCUGCACAGUCCGAGAUCAAGACCAUCAAUGCCUACAAAACACCCAGAGAUAAAGUCCAGUGUAUACUGCGCAUGUGUUCCACCAUCAUGAACCUCCUCAGCCUGGCUAAUGAAGACUCUGUCCCUGGAGCGGAUGACUUUGUACCCGUUCUCGUCUUUGUGCUCAUCAGGGCGAAUCCGCCUUGCCUGCUGUCUACCGUUCAGUACAUCAAUAAUUUCUACGCCAGCCGGCUGAGUGGGGAGGAGUGCUAUUGGUGGAUGCAGUUCACCGCGGCGGUGGAAUUCAUUAAGACCAUCGACGAUCGCAAGUGAAGCAGAACUGCCACCUGUAUGGGCAGACUGCGGGGGAAGGAGGCGGGGGACUGGGAACCUUCCCAACCAACUGCUCCCUCUGCACAGCUUUGGGAAGCUGGCCCUCAGCCUGCUCGUCGCGUGUAUAGCUUGUACAUAGCCACAGACGCUCAAAGAUGACAGAAUAUAUAUUACUGUUCAUAUGUGGACAAAUCCAGGUUUUAGCCGUGGUGGGAAAACGGCCGCGGGGAAAAUUUGCAACAUGUUAACCUUGAACUUGUUUUGGGUGGUUUUUUUUCUUUUUACGCUUUCUCAUGUUUCACUCUUUUGGGUGUGUAUUAGGCUUUUUUUUUUUUUUAUUCAAGCAAAAACACCAAUAUGGAAUUCAAUCAGCCUAAAUGCGAAACCGAUUUAAAGGGACCAGAAUGAGUUGCUGUGAUCAUCUCCUUUUAUUGCACCCCCCCGCGAGUGAAAGUAGUUUCAAUUACUUUAUAUUAAAUUGUUUAUUAAAGGCACUGAAACGGGC